AUGAGCGACACUUCAGAAGCAAGUUUCAAUGCUGUCGAGUCGCCACUACUUCCCACUCGAGCCCAGAAGAGGUGCCAAGUCCAGAAGAGGUGGCGAGUCAUAUCUAUCACCGUCCGGAGCAUCAGACGCUUCUCUUCUGUAAAAGAGGAAGUAGUAGUCAACGACGGAGUAGAGUUGACACCCAUAGUUUUCGAUGCCCAGAAGAGGUUGCGGGCAUUUUGGACAACGCUCUAUAGCAUCAAUGCCUUCUGUCGAGCAAAAGAUAUUGCACCUGGGAACCAAAGCGGGCUGUUGGACAAUCCUUUACCAUCUCCGUUUGAUACAGUUAUCGAUGUUAUGCCAGAACGCUUAUCUGAGCCUACUCCCGUGAAAAAAAUUGUUACACCAGAAUGCCUAUCUGAGCUUGCCCGCCACAAAAACAUCGAGCAGCUUCAUCAGCUUGGAGGCGUUCCAGGAGUUGCCUCAUAUCUCAAAUCCGAUGCUGAAAGCGGUAUCCAAGGUGAUGAUGAGGAAAUUGCACGUAGGCGCCAUAACUUUGGUUCAAACACUAUCCAGAAGCCAACUCCAAAAACUUUACCCAUUGUGCUUGAGACCGUCAGAGAUCCCAUCAUUAUUAUCCUACUUGUCUGUGCAACACUUUCAGUCUGUUUUGGUAUAACACGUCAUGGGCGGAGAGGAUGGUCUGAUGGGGGAAGCAUAUUUGUCGCUGUCAUUCUUGUGAUCAUGGUGACUGCCACGAGUAACCUCUGGCCAAGAAGACAAUUCUUUAAGCUAUGGAAAGCUCGUGACAAAUUCUCAGUCUCCGUCAUCAGAAAUGGGCAACAGAUGCGCAUCUCAGUGUUUGAAGCCGUUGUUGGGGAUAUUAUUUGUUUGAAGACUGGAGACCAAGUUCCUGCUGAUGGCUUAUUCAUAGAUGGGAACCCUUUACAGGUGAACGAGUCAUGCAUCGCAGCUUGGAGGGAAUCAGUCGAAAUCAAUGAAAGCUGUAAUCCAUUCUUUCUCUCUGGCACGAAGGUGAUCAACGGUUCUGCUCGAAUGCUUGUGACUGCAGUCGGCAUCAACACAGAAUGGGGGAAGAUGCUGAGCUCAAAAAGCUAUGAUAUUGAGGAAAGAACUCCAUUACAAAGGAAGCUACGUGAGCUGACGAUACAAAUAUCUAAAGUCGGUUUAAUGGUUGCUUCCUUGGUGCUGGUAGUACUGCUUGUUCGUUACUUUGUCGGGAAUAUGCGGAAUGAGGAUGGAAAAUCAGACUUCACUGCAGGGAAGACAAAUAUCCAUGAAGUCUGCAAUGAUCUGAUAGGGAUCCUAGCCACCCCAGUUGCUAUUGCUGCAACUGCCAUCCCUGAAGGUUUGCUCCUAGCUGUCAUGAUAACCAUUGCUUACUCAACCAACAGGAUGGCAUCUCAAAAGGCACUAGUAAGAAAUCUUUCAGCCUGUGAAGCAGUUGGUUCCGCAGAUGUAAUCUGCACAGAUGAAAGAGGAAGUCUUACCUUGAAUCAUCUGAUAGUAAGCCAAUUUUGUUUCGACAACAAGCUUCUCAAUGCAGGAACUUCCUCAAUCAUCCCAAGAAAUGUUCUUGGACUGCUCCGUGAAGGAGAGAUAAUCACCAAGAAGAAAGAAAGAAAAUGA